GCACUACGAUCAGCCCAAACCCGGAAGUGUAUGCUCGCUUCACGCUUGUGUUUAUCCUGGUGUUGAGGAUGCCGGUUAUGUUGUUGUGUUUGAGAGAGCUAUAUUUUUUUUCGUGUCCCGGUUAUGUUUGUAAAGUAGCACAAUGAUAAAAUAUGUUGUGGUGCUUAUUUCAGUGAGUUUGGCGCUGUGGAGCGGGUCUGAGUGGAUGAACUUUUGGAUUUCUGAGCCGGGAGAUGAUCAGGAUUUGGUGCUCAGCAAGGAAGAGCUGUCACUUUAUAACGGGGAGAAGGACAGCAAAGGACUUUACCUGGCAAUUUUAGGCCAGGUGUUUAAUGUUGAAAAGGGGAGGAAGCACUAUGGGCGAGCUGGAGGUUAUCGGUUUUUUGCAGGCAGAGAUGCAUCCAGAGCCUUUGUGACAGGCGAUUUCACAGACUCAGGGUUGACCGACGAUGUCUCGGACCUGUCUCCGUCUCAAAUAGUGGCACUCUAUGACUGGCUGGCUUUCUAUCAGAAGGACUAUACACCUGUAGGUAAGGUCAUUGGUCGUUUCUACAGUGAGGGCGGAAAGCCCACCGACGUCCUGCUUCAGACGGAGACUUCUUUGGCUCAGGGGCUGAAACUCAAAGGCCAGGCUGAGAAGGAAAACAAACUUUAUCCUGCCUGUAACUCCGAGUGGAGCGCGGACCGAGGAGGACGGGUUUGGUGCUCCACUAAAAGUGGUGGAGUGCACAGAGACUGGGCUGGCGUUCCCAGAAUGCUCUUCUCACCUGGUUCGGGCCACACGCGUUGUGUGUGUGUACGACUGGAUGAUUCAGGACAAUCAAACAACCGAAAUCUUCAGCAGUACAAAGGCUGUCCACCUCAGGCAGAGUCGUGUCCCCUUAACCCAGACUGAUCGCUGUGAGAUUUUCAAACUUUGUAUACAGUGUCCGUAGUUAACUUUAUUUUAUACAAUAUCAUGUUUAAUAAGUUCCCUAUGCGAUCAAUAGUGUUCUGAUAACACGGGUUGACUGGUUUCAGGAUGGAGAAUCAGUCAGGGAAGAUUUAAAGGUGUUGUAUGUAAGAUUAAAAACAAACAAACAAAACACUA